AUGCAGGAGUCCGACAGCGGUGAGCAGAUUCAAAUUCUGAUGCGCGUCAAUGAAUACGUGCUGGAGCACCGACAGGCGUACAGGGCCCUGUCACUGGACGAGCAGCGUCGACGUGGUCCGCUCCUGCUAGAGGACUUGCUAACGUUUGUGAUGAGCUCCCUCCUUCGAGAGGUGGAGGGCAGAGAGGGGGAGGAGGAUGAUGCAGAUGUGCAUGGGUAUGGACGACUCAGUGGCGUGGGACAUCCAAGGACGUCUGCGCGGAUUGCCAGCGGGGCCCAUACCUUGGCGGCCAUCACCUCGUCGAUAAACUCGCUGCCGUUUGCGCUCCGCGACGUUCCUGCCCUUGCCCACGUGGCAGCGCUGCAGCUGAGACUGACAUCCUCGGUCAUGGCAGCCAUCAGCACUCGCGCCAUCGUAACGGUUCACGAGCUGGAGGAGUGGGUCUGUGCUCAGGAGGGAGUGGCGCACUUUGCUGAGCUCGGGCUCGGCGUUGGAUUGCAGGUGUUGCCGGUCGUCCAGGAGUAUUUCCAGCUGCGCGCGAACUCCGUCGUGUUCCCGGUGCGGGCUCGAGACGUGAUCGCGUUUCUGCUAAACGAUGCCGCGGCGAGGGAUGUGUUGCUCUACGGUGGUGGCGACACUCGCGACUUGCUCAACCGCUUCACCGCCUUCUAUGAGCGGCAUCUCCUUGACGGCGCGUCGUCAUCUUCCGCGCCUGCAGCGGUGCGUGAGCAGAAGCGUUUGGCAAACGUACGACAGCUCGGCAUACAUGUGCAGGAUUACGCCGCACUGCUUGCGUCGCUAACGCAGGAACUGGCGAGUGCACACCAACUUGAGCAGCAGCAGUACCGGCGGUGGAUGGAGAGCUGCAUCGCCGCGGCGACAGCCAUCACACAAGGCACCAAUGCUAAAGACACAGCGGUAGUAGUGACUGGGAGCGGCGGCGGUGGUGAAGAUGCGCUUGUAAGAGACGCGUCGUUCGAGGCGGCAGCUCGAUGGGAGCGCAACCGGACACUGUACGAGCGUGUACUGCAGUCCCUCGACUCAGCCUGCGCGCACGCGGAGCUUCUCGACAGCAUGCGUCGCACACGUGAGAAGGCUGUCUGCGCCAGUCUCGCCGGUGGCGCAGGUGCCACGCCAUGCAUCACGUCUGCAGGCGCCCGUGCCAUGAACUUUGCUGUCACGGUCACAGAGGCCGAGGCGCGCUCCUACAGCCUCCCUCUCUCGCUGUGGCGCACAGUACCCCUAGAUGGUGAAGCGUGCAGCUCGCUGGCAGGUGACAAGGGGGGAGGAGGAGGGGUUGAGCUGCGCUUCCAUGUGGGUUUGUUGACCACAGCAGAGGUGAGCCAAGCAACGCACGGGCCUGCAUCUGGGAGCACCGCAUCGACAACCCUGCGCAUGGCUCCUCUGCCUUCUCAGUGGACCUCAAGUGCGGUGAAGGGCGAGGAGGAGACGCCUAGUCAGCGCGUUUCCAACAGCGGCACUAGUGAAGUCCCGCCGCUACCAUCGACAGUACAUCGGCGACGUGGGACUGUCGUCUGCGACACGCAGUCCGUCAUCUCCGUGGGGUCACUCGCCGUUGCUGCUGCUGGUGCUGCUACGGCAGCGGAGACGUGGCGGGUGGCCUCACUGAAUGUUGCGCCUGCUCUCAUGAGCGGCACCACGACCACUUCAACUGCAACGCCAACAUCAGCCGCCUCGUUGCUGUCCUCGCUCCUGAAACCGGCUGGAUCCCUCGGCCUUGCUGCAACGAGCAGCGUCAACACCGCCGACGCAAUGUCGAGCUUAUCUCUACAGAGUACAGCCACUGCUGCCGAGAGCGCACCGAGAGUGAGGGACACGCCAUUCACUACCGAGGUGGUUGGAAGCUCUGUGGAGGUGUCCACUGAGCCCACGACACCGCUGGAGAGGCUUGGCGACCUCCUGACCCAGCACCGGCAGUCAAGUGCCCUGGAGAAGGAACGAGGCACUUCUGUGGGCGAACAAGCGAUGAUCUCCAGCACAGACGACACGUGGUUGGACCUCGUGGUCGCGGUGUUCGAGACCUUCACAGCCGGCGAUGUAGUUCCCAUGCAGCUGCUGUGCGAGGCAUGGGCGACGUGCAUGGACUGCCAAAGUUCAGGACCCUCAUCGCUGGCGUCGCACUCAGCCAGUGCACAGGGAAGCACGCCAGGGCGCUAUGCACAUCGUCGUUGCAUUCCUCUUUUCCACCCCUUCGCAGCCUCGUUCAGCAGCAGCAGCAGCGGCAGCACCGUACCCCUUAGCCGGCUCGCGUCGCUGCGGCGGCACUUUGGCACAGGCGGCACCAGCGGCGCGUCACCGGCUGCUGCCUCCCCAACUACCAGGGCCGGGGAGACGAGGGAGAUACUGUACAUGGCGACGCCGGUGGAGGUGUGCUGGUUUUCGUGGUGGGGGCCAGCGCUGUCUGAUGCGCACGACUCACAUGAAGCGGCGAUUCUCACCUGCGCCUGCUUAGAGCGCCAUUACUCCUCAUCACUGCAAAGCACGUUUUGCGGCCUUCUCGGUGUGCGUGCCGAACCUACUGUUGCGGCGUGGUGCACGACAGCCGCCGCCUGUGCUCGUCGACUGUGCCCUGCUGCGACCUUGAAGCCGUCAUUCACCGAUGCGUAUGUGGAGUCGUUUGUGCGCUGCGUGGACGCGGAUGUCGCGGCGCGUGUGGCAGAGGAGGAGGCGGCGACGGCGUUGGCGCCUUUCCUCCUCCGGCGACAGCAACAGACGGCGCAGGCGGCCCUUCACAGGGUGCUGGCCGGUCUCCAGGAGUCGCUGGGGGCAGCGUCACCGUGGCGGGCUGGACUGUUUCCGUGUGACCAUGCCUGGCGUUGCGGCCUCGAUGGGUUGCUCUACGCAACGCCUCAGUGGUGCGGCUACGGCGGAGUUUUGCUCACCGCUUCGUCGCCGCCUUUGCCUACGCAUACCUCGGUAAUGGAGCGCCUCUCCAAGGGUGGCAGCGGCAACGGUACUGGCGUCGCUCCCUCGCUGCGUGUUCUGUGCUUCAGCGUGCAUGAGCCAUCGUGGGCGGUGUGUGCGGUGCUGCACUAUCUCGGUAUUCGCUCUCUCUCGCAGCUGGCCGAGACGCGUGUCAGCUUCCGGACCACCGUCGCCACCGAGGCCGGCGGCGUGCUGCACGACAAGAUCGCCGCCAUUGCACCCUACGUGCAGGCCUUCUGCCGCGCUUCUCUCCCUCUGUGGUACGGUGUCGUGUACGAGCAGCUGCGCGAGCGACUCCGGCGACUGCGAGUGGUGUUGACCGCUACGGCCGGUUCGGGCGUGCUGGCCGCGUCCACUUUGCCAGUGCAGACGGUUCGCCUACACCUGAACGGUCACGUGUACGCGCAUAAGCGACAGAUUCCGCUGGCGUACAUUGCUGCGCACAACGUCAUCUACGGCGCUGCUGAGGCAACCCCCGUCCCGAUGCUCGCCGAGGCACUUCUGCCGCUGUUCAUGCCAGUUGGUAUGUCCGCAGAGGCCGAUGUUCGACAGCUCCGGGACGUGAUCAUGCGCCUCCUCGGUGCCCUGUCCUCGCUCGACAGCUCUGUCGAGUGGUGCGACGGCGCCGACAUCUCCCCGCAGCAACAGCAGUGGCGGCGUGAGCAGGUCGAGCACGUGCUGCGGCCUAUUGCCGAACGUUACGGCCUAACUGCCUUUACCGGUAUCUCAAGGGAAGCACCACUGCUCGCAUCUCGAGCGUCGGCCAGUACGGAGGCCGCCGCACUGGUCGACACCAAUGCUCAAGAUGCUGAGGCAGAGGUUCCCUUCACCCUCUCAUCGUGCGCCUCCAUAAGGUACAUGCCGACCUAUCCACCCGGCACCGACGCCCUGCGUCAACCACGCAGGCGGGACCGAUCGCACGUGGGGAAUCCAGCUGACCAAGCGCCAGGCACACAGACGCUGACUCAGGCAAGCGCGCGUGAGCUCGUAGCGCAUGCCAAGCCCUUCUCGCCACAAACUGCCCCUCGCUGCAGGGGCGGCGGUGGCCUCGUGCAACGGUUUGGUGUGAACGGGCGGCUUCGCGUCACCCUCUCUGUCGGCGGCAGCACGGCGGUCGUGACAUCUAUGCCUUCUUGGAACAACUUUCCUAUGGAGCUCGACCUGGACGCUGUCGUGGCAGCAAGCGUCGUUGCCGAGGCUGCUGAUGGGGGUCGUCGCGGAGCUGACGUGGCCGCUACAGCGUGCGGCCAUCAGCAGGGAGACGACGCCGACGGCGACAAGAGCAGUGUGACGUCAGGUAGUGGGGGUGUGGGAGGCAGGGAAGAAGAGGAGCAGGAGUCAUUCCUCACGUUCCAGUACCACCGCAGGAGCAGCACCGCCUCCAGCGCGCUUCAGGGCACCGGAGGCGGUGUGCGGUUCCGUAAGCGGUCGCGCAGCGGUAAUGUCGAUGCUACUGGGCACACGAGCGGGCAGCUCCGCCAUGACCCUGCUGGACGUGAUGUGCGCUCUGCCGGGAUGUGGCUUCGACCGCCUGCUGCGUCUGCCGUGGUCGGCGCCGGUGGCGACACUCCGGACUACGCGGUCGCGGCAGAGCGCUAUGUUUACGAGCUGCUUCGCGAGGAGUACGCCACGCAAGCGCAGCAGGGCGGUGUGCGCGUGAUCUGGGUGAAUGAGCACUGCGAGGCCGGCUCACCCUUUGAUAUCCUUGUCAUCAAGCCGCGACGGCUGAGCAGCACCAGCAGCGCCAGCAGCGCCGUCUAUAACAACCACUGGGAUGUGGUGCAGUACGUGGAGGUGAAGUCCACCUGCACGGCCGCUCGGCAGGACUUCGAGAUGUCGAUGGCGGAGCUGCUCUUCGCCGCGCGCUUCGGCGCCUCUUACUGCGUCUACCGUGUCUUUGGCGCCUCGACGGACGCGCUACGUCGAAUGCGGCAUCGCAUCUACACUGACAUCGUGAACCUGUGGUAUAAGGCGCAGCUGACCAUCACCUCGGACAUCCGUGUCACGCCGUCCACGUAA